AUGUUAGGGAAAGAAUUACUAGAGACAAUUGAUGAAGAAGACUAUGGAGAUCAAGAAGGAAACAAAAAUGUAGGCUCCUCGAUUUAUUCUACAGCUUCAACACCAGCAACUAAAGAUGCAACAAGUCCUUCUGAAGAAUCCAAAGAAUAUUCAAAAAGCUCUCAAAACUCAAUGGAUAUUGACGAGAACUGAAAUGUCAAUCCUAAUUUUUUGACUAAUUUUUUUAUAUAAAAAAUCCAUUUAAUUUCAUAUUAUUUUCUUUUUAAUUUGAUUUAAUGAUAGGAGAGUAAAGCAAACAUAGACUUAUGAGAAGCAGUAGAACGAAAUGAUAUCAUCAGGAUCAAAGAGCUGCUUGAUAAAUCUCGAUAUGGAGAAAUGGUAGCUCAGCCAAAUGCCAGAGGCUUAAACGAAUGAACUUCUCUUCAUCUUGCUUCCUCCUACGGCUUCUUGGAAGCAUCCGAAAUUUUAAUUUCAAUUGGAAACAAAACCAAUAUAGACGCCCUCACAAGUAUGAAUCGCACCCCUUUACAUUUAGCAGCACUUCAUGGUCACCUUGGUGUUGUCAAACUAUUAAUUCAAAAAGGAGCUAAUAUAAACGCAAAAGACAGUGACAGCAGCACCCCUAUUCAUUAUGCUGCCAUACAUGGAGAUAUCGAAAUCGUUUCUUGGCUGCUUAAGUCAGACCCAGAUAUAACUAUUAAAGACUAUUUAGAUAGAACCCCAGCUGACGUAUCCCCCAGCAUUGAAAUUUAUUCAGAAUUUUCAGCUUAUUGUAAAAAACUGGGGAUCCCAAUUCCCAGCUCACAAUAUACAAGGACUCCUUUUUAUAGUGUUCUUUUGCAUAACUCGAGAGAUGACCAAAUCAACAGAAUGCUUGCAAAAUGCACAAAAAAACCAGGAGCUAGGGAUUUAAAUAUUUUUAAUGAAAGACCUAAACUGCUUGUGAGGCCUGAAAAGAAAAAAAUUUCUAUGACACCUCCAAAACUGGUGCUGCCACCUUCAAAGGUUGGACCUCAUGAUUUUCGUGGACUUAUGCAGCUUGGUAAAGGUAGCUUUGGAGAAGUAUAUUUAGUUGAGAAAAAAGACACACAAGAGGUCUUCGCAUUAAAAGUUCUCAGGAAGGAAAAAGUGUUUGGAAGCAAUCUUGUGAGAUAUGCAUUUACCGAGAGAAAUAUUUUGCUAAAAUUAAACCACCCGUUUAUUGUGAAGCUGAACUACUCAUUCCAAACCCCUGAAAAAUUGGUCUUGGUGAUGGAUUUCUGCCCAGGAGGGGAUUUAGGGAUGUAUUUGAAUAGGGAGAAGAAAUUUAAUGAGGAUAAAGCUAGAUUUUAUAUCGCAGAAAUUUUGUUAGCACUUGAAGAGCUUCAUAAGCAUGAAAUCCUUUUUCGGGAUUUGAAGCCAGGAAAUGUUGUGCUUGAUAAGGAUGGCCACGCAAGACUUACUGAUUUCGGGCUUUCCAAAGAAGGGGUAUCUGACGGGCAGCUUAAUAAAUCAUUUUGUGGGUCAGUUGCUUAUUUAGCGCCAGAAAUGCUGAGAAGGGCUGGACAUACACGCUCAGUAGAUUGGUAUUUAUUAGGAGUUCUCCUUUAUGAAAUGCUUACAGGGUCUCCUCCUUAUUAUUCUCACAACCGAGAAGAGCUAUUCAACAACAUCCAAAGAGGAAAGCUGAGGCUGCCUAAAACUAUGUCAGAAAAUUCAAAAUUACUGAUAAAGCAGCUUCUAAACCGUGACCCAAGUAAACGAUUAGGUGCAUCUAAGCGAGAUGCUGACGAAAUAAAAGAGCAUCCUUUCUUUGAAGGCUUAGACUGGACUGCUUUACUUGAAAAAUCUAUACCUGCUCCUCCAAUACACCAAUCUAAAAGGAUGUAUAGAGAUAUCACAACAGAAAGAAUGUUUGGGAAAUUAGAAGAAGAUGAAAUACCUACACAAAGACUUGAUGGCUGGUCUUUUAUGACUCCUAGCUAA